GAGUUUAAAUCUGGCUUUGCUGCUAUUGUUUUCUAACUUUGCAAGUUCUUGUCUGUCUAUAUUUCUUUCAUCAUAAGCUGGGUGGUUGUUGUUGUGGGGUCUCAUUCAAUGACCGACUCUACUUCUGACGUUGCUCUGUGAUAACCAUGAAUUAUUGGAUUUUGAAAGCUUUCCAAAGGCAAGUUUUGGUAACUUGGAGGAAGAGAUAAAACUAUUUUUUCUUUUGGUGGGGACUGAUUGUUAUAUAUCACCUUGAGAAUUAUUGCCACUACACUACUACUGCCACGCCUCUCUGCCUCUCAACCACAUGAAUUAGAUCUGCAUAGCACUCUUGUUUUGAUUGAAAAAACUAGUUAAUUUUGCCUUAGCAAUUAGUAAUGCCUUGAUUGUAUUAAAUUUGUGGCAGUUUCACCAAUUUUGGAUGUUAAUAAGUGCCCCGGUUAAUGAUUUAUCUGCAAAUGUGCACCUUGCUUUUGAGAAUCAUUGAUUCAGUUUGUAUCACUGAAUUUCUCAGCUCUUCCGAUGGAGUGGAAUGCAAAAUCUCCCUCACAAUGGGAGUGGGAGCACCUGUUCUUCUCCAAUGCAAAAGUAACCGAAAACCCCAAAUUACAACCACCACCAGAUUGGAGUGGUGAAGCAAAUGGAGAAACCAAUGUUGGGUUGUUGGACAAUUCUGGUGGUAGUGGUUGCUCUGAGUCUGAGCUCAUGAACCCAUCUUCGUCGAGAAGCUCGAAAUCUGCUUCCAUCAAUUCAUCUUCCAAUAGGGAUAGCAAAACAUCUAUGUUCACCUUAGAAAGUUCCCAAGAUGAUUCCAGUGGCAAAAAAGAAGAGCUGGUUGAAAACUCUCAUUCGCAUGAGGCGCCUCCUGGCUCUGGCGAACCGUUGCUUACUCUAAAGCUUGGCAAACGCUUGUACUUUGAGGAUGUUUGUCCGGGAAGUGAUGCCAAGAAGAACCAGUCUUCCUCAGGUGCUCCGAUUCAAGCUGUGAGUAGUGGAAAGAAAUCUAAGUCCAAUGCUCAGAACAUGCAAUAUCCAUGCUGCCAGGUUGAAGGUUGUGGCCUUGACCUCUUGUCAGCUAAAGAUUAUCAUCGCAAACAUAGAGUUUGUGAAAAUCAUUCCAAAUCUCCAAAGGUGGUUAUUGCUGGUUUGGAACGUCGAUUUUGCCAGCAAUGUAGCAGGUUCCAUGGUCUGUCAGAGUUUGAUGAAAACAAAAGAAGCUGCAGACGGCGUCUUUCAGAUCACAAUGCACGGCGUCGGAAACCUCAUCCUGAAACUGUCCAGUUAAAUCCAUCAGAUUUGACUCCGUCGCCUUUUGCAGUUGGGAGGCAACAGAUUAGCCCCUUCACUUAUACAACGAGCGGAGCCGCGAAUACAGUUUGGCAAGACAUGCGGCGGAGCAAGCAGCUCCCCCAGACGAAAGAUUUUCUGUUGAAGGCUGUGAAAGGCAACAAUGAGAUACCAAGUAUUGUGAGCAUGGUCACAGAGGAUAAUUCCAAAGGCAUUGCAUUUGCAAGCAAGACUCUUAUACUUUUUAACAGAUUGAUUCAAACUCACUCUCUCUGAUAUUUCUUGUUUGUUUACCUGAGUCUUUGUUUUCAGGUGUAGAGGAUUCAACUACGUGCUCUGAUACUCAAGAUUUCCAGAGUGCUCUCUCUCUUCUGUCAACCGAGUCUCAUCAGCCUCACCGCUUGCCUCUUGCUUCCUCGGAAUACUGGCACACUGAUCAACACCCAUUGGCUUCCACCAUGUGGCUCACCUACCCAACUUGCGACGACACCAUCACCAACCGCUCUCAGGAAUUUCAGCUCUUACGAGAACCUUAUGAUUCUGCUUUUAGUUAUCACCACUUGGAUUAACAAUCCUCUUUCACCCUCACUCACAAGGUUAGAGGUUGCACACAUUUUGGGUCCUUAUUCUUGCAGUUUUGCAGCUUUAGGCUUUUCUGCAACCACACCAACUCGCUAAUUUGUUCCCCUUUUUUUUUUAUAUAAUUUUAAAGCACUUUUGUUUUGCUGCCGGGGACAGAAUGCUUUUAUCAA